AUGGGAUUACAGGGCAACCGGGUGCCUUACAUCUUGGCUCCGCCUGUCGGUCGGAAAGUCGCAUGGUACUGCCACCAUGUCUGCGUUCUCUACUAAUCCUCGCUACUUUCAUGAAAGAGAAACGAAAGGAAUUGGCCCAGUAGAAAAAGUCCUGUAGGCAAACAACUUUGAAUUUCUUGCGGCCACCUGUGAAUUUUUUUUCGCAACUUAUCGGAGAGCCUACCGUACACGGCUAGCGGCUCGCUUCGACUUUUUUGCACGCGCGCUUUUUUUGGGAGACGCCAGUCGUCGCGAAGCCUCCCUUUGUCCAAAUUUCAAAUCUUGGUUUUCAAACUGGAGAAGAUUUAAAAUUUUGGACUGCACCUUGUGAACGGGAAAAAUGUAUUAGUUUACGACGGAUUUCCGUUUCAACUAUUUGAUCUAAUGAGUCAUGAAUAAGCCUGAUACCAAACGGGAGUAUUCUGGCUGUUCAAAUGCAAGGGUUAAUCAGUUCUCUGAUAAAUCAUGCAGAUAAUUUUACUUGCUUCCGAUUUUUCUGGUUGAAAAAAUUGCGUGUUCAAUUUUUUUCAUCGACCUCCAGGUCUCAUUCUGAGCUCGUCAAUGCGCAACUAGAUCAAGUACGAGCAGAAAAACAAGGCCAAGGACCGUUAGUCCAUGCUUUCAACUUGAUCAACUACACGCUCCAACUUCGAGUUUGCCAUUGGAGCUUUAAAAUUUUCGACUAAAUUUACUUAAUUACCGCUAAAAAUACGGAAUAAACGAAUGAAUUAGGCUUGAAACGAAGUAAAAAAAAUGAUUUUGGAAUCAUACCUCUGUAUACACAAAUUCGUUCAUUCACAACAUUAUGUUGAAGGAGCCAAAGUGUAAGUUUCUUUGUUUUCCGCCGCUUUUUUCAGUCGCUUUGGUAUAAACAAGUUUGACCUCAAAGAAGGUGCUGAAAGAGCUUGCAGAUGUCAACUCGCGCAUUAUGCAUCAAAAGUCUUCUAUUCUUUCGAAGGGAAGAAGCAGCAUAAUGGACAAUGGAAGGCCUCUAAAAAUUAUGCUUUUUCAAAGAAACCUGAUUGCGUCUUGUAUAAAUGGGAACUGUAAGAAUAUUACGAUUAUAGACAAAUUUUGAGGGCGUCGCUUUCAAAACCCUUGUUUAUUGAACUUUAUUGCAAGUUGACCUUUUUUCAAUUUGAUUAAUAUUUUUGAUUCAUUUAGUGCAUCGAAACGGACUACAACUCAAUCAGGAAGUGAAAUCAGGACCUUUUCUUACUUUAACCCACACAUCUCCUGGAAACUUAUUCAUCAUCGUUUCUUAACUUUACUUUUAACCUCCAGUUCCCACGUUAGUAAAGAGUUACCCAGUCAGGAAAAAAACUUGGCUUUUCCGUCGUUUCACACGUUACUUACCUGCCCCAGACAACCGCGUCUCAGUUCAUUCUUUCUUCUAAAAGACGUCAGACUCCCGUCGAACAUGAUACCUGAGCCGGUUUUACUCCAAAUGCGAAUAGCUUGGGCUUACAUUUAUCUGUUUUUGGUGUGUUUUUUCCAAGGUGUCCUGUUGUUCCUGAUGUUCUCGAAAAACUCCUCCUUACUCCAAGAAAUCCGCUUCCAUCUUCUGAACACCGUUAUCAUCCAACUUAUUCUCACUUUUUCACAGUUUCUGUCCCAAUGCAGGUUUGCUGUUUCAAGCAGAGUAUUUUUUUGGAGUAAAGAGAUGUUUAGAAGUGUCCAGAAUCCAGAAUCGGUGGCGUUUUUGUGCAAUGGAGUUUGCAGAUAUUAUUCUCCGAUGGCUUGCCACAUUUUAUGCAUUAUAUAUCAAGUAUGAAAAGCUUCCAAUUUUAAAAAUUGAUCGGAAAUUUCAGGGAGCCAUUGUCGCUGGAGUGACCUCAAUUUUUCACGCUUUUUAUCAUCGCUACUACGUGCUGGCAAGAGGCCUUUCAACGAGAUCGUUUCAGAAACUCAGCUUGGCUCUGUCAUACGCCAUACCCUUCGCUACGACUGUGGGUUUUUUUUUCCCAUACGGCUCUUGAUUUCGAAAAAGUUCUCGGAAACGUGUUUCCUUGUCUAACGGUUGGAUCAUUAGCAAAUUAUUUGAAUGAAAAACUCAUAAAUGAUCUCGAAACUAUUCUUUAUCGGGUGCAUUUUAGUUUUUAAUUUUGCGACUUUCUUGAAUGAAACGCGGCGUGUUAAACCGUUUUCAUCUCACCAACUCGCUUCAAAAAACGAUCGUAAAAGUUUGAAGAUCAUGAGCUCUAGGUUAAUGCUUGAGAAAGGAGAACCAGUCUGGCUUUUCUACGUCUUCACUUUUCUCACUGAAGUGCUAAUAAGCUUUUCCUGGUGGGAAAAAGGAAGUUUAAAAAGGUCAAAUUCUCUUCGUUGUGCCGGGUAGAUGAUAUUUAUUUCGAUUUUUCUAACAUAAAAAUCUGAUAUCUUGCUUUGCAGAUGAUCCAGUUCACAGCGGCCGCAGAUUUCGCUGCUGCCAAGGCCCAAACGCAAAAGUUUCACCCAACUUAUAUGCUCGGCGAUGAGUUCGCCGUUGUCGGCUUUACAAAUAUCAAGACCCUUUUCUCAACUAUUUCCGCACUUUCUCUGACAUUCGUUUUGUAUGGAGCUCCGUUCUUUGCCAUUUACUUUAGAAGGUACCUUUUUAAUUGUUUAUUUCUUCGAAAUCCAUUCAAAGCUUUCAGGAAAAUCCUCCGCAUUCUGCGAACCGCGUCUCAGAACUCUGAAAAGUGCAAAGUUGGCAAGAGUGUCUUAACGGUAUUUAGCGUUUUUCUAGCCAGGUGAAUGAGAAAAAUUUGCAGGGCCUUACCUGUCAGGCAGUCCUUCCGGCUUUGUGCUACAUGCCUGGAAUGUCCAUCUACAUUUACGCAAGCUUCAGAGGUUCACAAGUUGUCUCAUGAUUUCCUAACAUUAAAUUGCAUCUUUCAGGUAUCUCGAUGACUCCCGAAAACUCUCUGAUGUUGGAAUAUUUCCUGGGACCAAUCGUUUUGUUCCCGGCUCUUGUGGACCCAAUUUUAACAAUUUAUUUUGUCCUACCCUAUCGCCGUCGUUUGGUCAAUUUCGUGAGGAGGUCUUUGAAACUGAAAGAACCGCAACGUUCCUUCGGCCUUUUUUCUGUAAACCAGAACAGUGGCAGAGUCCUCGCAAAUUAUUAAUAAAGACAUUGUUUCAUUAUAAAAUGUCUCAGGAACAUGUCGAAAGUCUGAGUACAUCGCAACGUGAGAAUAAAAUUAGGAAGCACGUGGUUGGGUUUUUUUAGUUUUGAAGUGAGAUAUUAUCUGAAAAAUAGGAGAUUUUGGAAGAGAGGUUUUGAGGUUUUUCUCAGGGCAGCAAAGAUCUCAAGCUGGAAAAGUUUGAGGGCUUUCCUCCAAAAAAACCUGUAAAAUUCUAGAAAAAAAGCUUACCCGAAGAAAUUUAGAAAAACUUCGAGCUUGGUUAAAAAACUUCCCAAAGUUUUAAAGAAGUUGAAAUUCAGAAAUUCCUAGCGUUCAAAAACGGAUCCUUAAAAUUUUUAUUUCGAUUAAAUUAAUUAGGUGUACCAUUCGCAGACUUCAAGGUAACUCAUCAAAGAAUUUUCUUUUGAAAAAAUGUAUGUAUCGUAAUAAUGUAGCGCUAACCUUAAACUAGAGCCAGGAAACAUUUGUUUCAGCGCACCCGACUUGAAGCUACUUGUGCUAGUCUCAUCUCAAAGUUUUAGAACUGCUCUACAAAAUUUGAUACAUUUCAAACCGCGAAAAAGAAUGCUUCAAAAUGAAAAAUUUUAAUUGAAUGAUCUACUGAUCUCUCUGGAAAAUCCCGGAAAAAAAUAACUUUUCCAAUUAAUUUAUUCGUGAAGAUUAUAGUGACCAAAAAAAGACUCCAGGAUAUCAUUUCCGGCUUUCAGAACCUUUUUACUUGUUUUUCACCGCAAUGGAACACGUGGGUGUUCUAAAAAGACAAUUUUCUCGUACCAUUGAGCUCCACUGAGCUUGGCGACAUCUGAUUCAGAGCCUUUUUUAAUCAAAUUUUGGAACCACAGACAAAAGCAAAGCGGUUCUUCGAAUAAGACAUUUUGAAGACUUCCUGAUUUUUUUUUAAGUCAAGAGUGCAAUUUUUAUAGUUAAAUUACUUCUCUGUUUCAACAAACGUGACUUAGCAAUUUUUUUUUAAUUUGCUUUUUGUAGUCCAAAGGAUAGUUGCUCAUUUCCGCAGAGCAACCGUGGAAAAAUAUUAAUCCAAUCCUGCAAGCCAUGUCCUCCGAACAAGUUUUGCUACGAAUAUGGGACAUUUAUAUGCCAACUUUUACCUUUUUUGUUUUUUUAUUCCAAGGAUUACUAUUGUAUUUGAUGUUUUCUAAACACACCCGAUCGCCGAAAAAAAUCCGAGCUCAUUUAUUGAAUACUGUUGUCGUACAGCUUUUUCUCACUACUUGCAAGUUUAUGACUCAGUGCAGGUAUUUCUAAAUGAAUUACAUUGAAAUGAUUAAAUUUCAGAAAUUUAAAUAAUCCCAACUCGAUAGCUUUUGUGUGUUAUGGACCCUGCAAACACAUGGAUCCCUAUGUUUGCCAUGUUUUCUACAUUUUCUAUCAAGUAAUUUUUCCACUUUCCGCUUAUUUUUGUCUGACUUUUUUUAGGCAUUGAGGCUUUCUGCAAUAACUUCAAUAUUUUUCGCUUUUCAUCACCGAUAUCUUGUUCUACGAGAAUUUUCCACGAUAUUCGUUAGAAACAGGAACUUGGUUUUGUCGCAUGUGUUGCCGAUUAUUUUGGUGGUCAGUUACUUUAGUUUUUCUUCUAUUGGUCCGAACUUUAUUUUUGAAUUUUUCGUCAUAAUGCUUUUUAAAAAGAUUUUUUUAAUUAUUUUGAUGGUUCAAUUGGUUUUUUUGAAACUUCGAGAUUUCGAAUUUUUUUAAAGCUGAAGUUUGGAAAAAAACAAUUGAAAUAAUUUUUGAAAGCUAUAUCAGUUAUAGCGUGUCAAAAAACUUGGAUGAAUUCCAAAACCUUUUAAAAGAGUAAAGAAAUAUCGACUUCUGCACCUCUACAUAACACAGCUAGAAUUCUUGAGCCUCAUUCGAAAAUCACAUCUCAAUCGGAUCAGAUUCUUUUCAGAUAGUCCAAUUUGUAAUCCAUACAAAUUUUACUGCUAUCGAGGAAGAAACGAGAAAACGGCAUCCUGAAGACAAUUUUGAUGGAUUUAUUUUCAUCGGCUUCUUGGAUGCCAAUUCAGUAGCUGCAAAGGCAUCCGCUUCUGGACUGGCAUUGGUCCUUAUUGGUGUUCCGAUUCUCUCGAUAAUCUUCAGAAGGUUCAUAGUUUUUCCGACAUUGUCUUCGGAACCUGGAAUAGCUGAGAAUUUUAAAUAUUAGAAUGAUCCAAAAAUUAUUUUACUUUUUUUUGACUACUUUAUGUCAAUCGUGUAAUUUUGCCGGUUGAGGGAUUGCUACAGGUUUUAAGCAACAUAAUUUGAGACGAAUUUGAUCUAAAAUAUUCAAAAAUGUCAUAAAUUCAGGAAAAUAAUCGUCAUUCUGGACGAAAAUUGGGAGGAGAAUGAAAAAACGAAGCAGACUAAGAGUGUUUUAAUGGUAAGAUUUUUUUAAUUGCCUCGAGUUAAAUUCUGACUUCUUUACACUUUCAUCUAUUUACCUUAGUAGAAUCAACAAAAAAAUGGAGAGCGCAGACAAGUCAGACAUUUGGAAAUGAUAAAAUUUAAAAAGAUGUGAAAUUUAGGGUCUUACCAUUCAAGCUGUUAUGCCAACAUUUUGCUACAUUCCUGGUGUUCUUAUAAAUCUUCUAUCUUAUAUGAGAUGUAAGUUUGAAUCUCCUGUCUUCCCCUCAAAAUGAUGAAUGAUUAGCAGAUGACAUAAAAAUCAUGGAGUUUGAAUAUAUCCUGCCGCUUCUCGUCACCUUGUCGCCUUUGGUCGACCCUCUUCUGACGAUUUAUUUCGUUCUGCCCUAUCGUAACCGUAUCACCAAUUUUGUACGCAGAUUCAGGAGGAACAAAAUUCCCCCGAGUUCUUUCACCUUCACUUAUCAUUCCACCAAUCGUAUGAGCAUGAAUGUUGCCUCGAUAACUUGAAUUCUCAUUUUCGAUUAUUUCCUGUUCCUUUUUUCGUUUUUUUUUUUGAGAUGCCUUUGCUCAGAAUCUCCCAUAGCUUUGUUCCUUUUUCUGAAGUUCCUGGUGACGGUAACUUACUGGUUAAAAAUUUUGUUUUAUUCAGAAAGAAGAUCAUGUCAUUUUCAAGCUAAUUUUUAAAGUCUAAUCUUAUUUUUUUGCUUUCUUUUUUGAUUGGAUAAGAACAAUACAAAGUUUUCUUGAACUGUCUACUAUAAUUCAAAAUGAAAGAAAGUGAUCUAAAACGAAUUACCACAACACUACGGAAAAAUGAAGUACAGUUUGCUCAGAUUCCGAAUGUCAAGUACAAUGACGUUGUUUGAAAACGCUCCGUGGACGGCUUGCUAUCUGAUUGGUUCAUCGCAUUAUAAAGGGCGGGGCUUGAGCGACGACUUGAAGUUCGAAAUCUGAGCAGACUAUAUCCAAAAAAAGUUUGUUUUGUUUUGCUUUUUUGAGAACUCAGGCCGGGAGUCUUUUUUUUCUCGAAUGAUUCAAAAAGUCAGAAGCUUGGUGCGAGAUUUUCAUAGUUUCUUUUUUUUUGAGAUCAUUGAAGCGUAAGGCUUUUUUCCGAAAAGUCUUUAUGGAUUCUCAAGCGGUGGACUACGGUCUACUUCUCUCAAAAUAGGAAAUUCUCAUUAUAUUUCAUAACACACUAAUUGUAGUCGUAUCUCACCGUAGUUACGUCAAAAAGUUUCUCAAUUUUUUCCGGGUAUCCGUGAAAAAAUACCUUUCGAGUAACAUAAUCAUAUCUAGAAGCCAUGCCGACUGAACAAGUUCUUCUUCAGAUAUGGGGCAUGUAUAUGCCGAUUUUCACGAUUUUGGUGUUUCUUUUCCAAGGAACAUUGUUGUAUUUGAUGUUUUCGAAACACACCCAAUCACCGAAAAAAAUUCGAGCUCAUCUAUUCAACACUGUUACCAUUCAGCUUUCACUCACUCUUCUGAAAUUUCUAACUCAGUGCAGGUAACUUUUUUCUCGAAAGUUUCAAGAUCGAAAUUUGAUUUAGAAAUAUCAAUAACCCCAAUUCUCAAGCUUAUAUAUGCUAUGGACCCUGUAAGAACAUGCAUCCUUACGUUUGUCAGAUCUCAAACAUAUUUUAUCAGGUUGGUUAUUGAUUUUCAUUCAUUUAUAAGUUUGGUCAAAAGGUUUGGGGGCUUUAAUUGGCAUCUGAGAAAGAUUGGAUUCUAUAAUUUUGGUAGAACAAAAUUUAUCAGCUGAACAAUUGAACAUUAUGGUCCUCAUAAUAUAUUUCAGGCUUUGAAGAUAGCGGCGAUGAAAUCAAUUUUUUUCUCUUUUUAUUAUCGAUAUCGCGUUCUGGAUAGCCAUUCUUCCAAAUCGGUUCGGAACAAAACUCUGGCGCUCUGCUAUUUUUUGCCUAUCGUUUUGCUGGUGAGUUUUAAAAUGAUUUUCUCACGAAUUUUUAAGAAGCGAUCCAGGUUUUUGAAUUCAUCACACCCGCUGAUUUUGCCGUGAUCGGAGAAGAAACUAAACGACUGCAUCCGAAAUACAUCUACAACGGUUUCACAAUCGUCGGUUUUUUGGACACCAAAUCAGUGUUGGCCAUAAUGUCUGGAUAUCUACCAACAGGAGUUCUCAUCGGAGUUCCAAUUUUUUCACUUUAUUAUAGAAGGUUUGUUUAAUUUUCUGUAUAAAUUCAACUUCGUAAUAAACUGAGGAAUUCGAAUUUUCUUCACAAGGGGCUUUCCAAGGAGAAAUUAAAAAGUUACUUUGUGAAACUGUGAUACGGAAUAAAUAAACUUACUGCGUCUUAUAGCUUUUAGUAGAGUUAUGACGUUUCAAAGGUGAAGUAAGCCGCAUUUUUAUCAUAAAGUGUUAGAUGUUUUAUCCCUCCAUUAGAAGACAGAAGCCACAGUCCGUACCUGUUGAAGAAAAUAUCUCGAGUUUUUGACAGGUCAAAUUUGUCUCUUUCCUUGUUAGCUCGAUUACCCUUUUUGGUUGCCACGUGCUGUGGUGAAACUCGAACAAAAAAUUGAUCUUUGCAUUUCAGUAAAAUUCUCACCAUGCUGAGAGAAAAAUGCCAAGCGUCCGAAAAAUCGAAAUUCACGAAGAGUGUUCUAACGGUAAGCCUUUUUCAUAUCCCUCAAGACUUUAACAUCGCAUGAAAACAAUCAAAAAUAAAUCAUUGAAAAGCUUUUUUAUACUCACUUAUGCAGCCAUGCGCAAGUAGUUUCGAGUCGGGAGCAAAAAUUUUUUUAAUCGUUAAAACAGUCCCGUUUAAUUUCGAAAAAUUUUAGGGGCUCACAAUUCAAGCAGUUAUGCCGACAUUUUGUUACAUUCCUAGUACUACAAUCAAGUUCCUGGCACAUUUGAGAUGUUGGUGGAAAUUUUUUGGAUGGAAAAGCAAGACAUGUUUUGCAGAUGACGUCAAAACGGUGGAAAUGGAAUAUUUUCUCCCGGUGCUCACCUCCUUGUCGCCUUUGGUCGACCCUCUUCUGACAAUAUAUUUCGUUUUGCCAUAUCGUCUUCGUGUCAUUAAUUUUCUACGUUGUUUUAAGAAAAAAAUAUAAUAUUUCCCGCUUCAAAUACAUCUACUUAUAAUUCGAUCAAUCGUGGAAGUAUGAGAGUUGCUUCCAUCACUUAGGUCGACUUUUUGAGAAAUUUAAUGUGUGAUUUUUUUGAACUUCAUCUGUUUUUUUGCUUGUAAGUUGCUAACCCGUAUGCGCUCUCCUUUUUCUCGAAUGUCUAAUGAAAGCAUAUUAAUGAAAAAAAAAGCGAAAGAAAAGUGAAAAAGUCUUUCUUUGUGCUGUAAAGAGCAACGGCAGCCGGUUUACGAAGAAAAAGGUCUACAAUUUUUUUUCUGGUUAUUUUUCUGGAAUUUCUUGUUUCAAUGAAUGAUAGUUUCCUGUUUUGAAAAGGAUCAAAGUUUUGCAAAAAUUCAGUUUCGCUUCUCCCACCAGCCAACUAGACAUCAGGCUAAGAAAAAGUUUCAAAGCAGAAAAUAGCGUUUUCUUUUUCCGAUGCACGACCACUUCAUCUCAUUUUGAUUUCAAGAAUAAAAAAAAUAUAUUCAUAUAUAACUGAAAAAAAUUUUUAAAAAAAUGAACUUCCUCUUCUUUUCAGCAGUUGCAAUCAAGCGGAAAUCGUAUUUUAUGACGGAAAAACGUUUUUUUAUUUGAACUUUACAAAGUGGCCUUGUGUCUACUUUGGCAUACUUUUCACGCAGUUUUUUUCACUAUUUGUAGACGCAAGGAAUAAAUGUCUGAUGAUCAAUUUUCGAAAAUCAAGUUCCAACUUUUUCAGGCUACUAUCAAAACGGACGUUAAAUGGGAAGAUUGUGUGGCGCCUCCUCUGAAAAUUUUCUCGUUACACUUAACUCUUUUUUUUCUACUUUCAAAUGAUUAUCAAUCAAAAAAAGCUUCUUAUUUUUUUUCACCGCAUGAAACUCUGUUUUAAUAUUCAUCACAAAAAUAAUCACAUUAUUGACUCUAAAAAAAUAUUUUUUUCCAAUUUUUCCUCAACAUAUUUUUUUCCUCCCUCACAUCACUGUUUCGGCCGAUCUUCGAAAGAUCUUUGGCUAGAAGAAUUGUCGUACCGAGUAGGGAGAAAAUAUGAGGCAAUACAUAAAGAUAUUCCGUGAGAAUGCAAAAAGUGUCAUCAAGGUUUAAAAAUCAAAAAAUGACAGAUUUUGAACUUAACUUCAAAAGAAUAUUACACAUUGAAAGGAUUUCUGCUUCAUUCAAAAGAAGGCAAUCAUAUCCUCUGUUUCAAAAAUUCUAUGGGAAGGAAAGGAAAGUUCUAAAAAUUUUAUCUGAGCGAAAUGGUUAUCUUAAAGAAAAUAGCAAUGAUCUAAAACCAAGCUGAUGAAAGAUUGAUCUCAAAUUACCAAUCAUCGUAGUCUCUCUUAUCGAUAGAUGAAAAGAACAAAGAAAGGUUCAAUCCCUCUUUUUUUGCAGAACUAUACGUUUUUGGAGUUUAUAACCAAAUUAGUCGCGUGCCUGAGAUCCUAGUACGAUUUGAGUGCGUUUUUGGAGGACCUUUGUUACUUUUUAUCGGCAGAUAAGGCUUAUCAGCGAACAGUCAUUGUGCUCUAACCUUAUCGCUCUCAGCUGUGAUUUGUAUAAAAAGAGGCCUCCCAGCUGGAAGGAUAUCGGCUUUUGAAUAGUUUGAACAAUUAUUUGAUUAAAUCUACUGAUUUUUUAGAAAAUGUUUGUCCUUCUCUUGGCUUUCACCUCUCUCACUGCCGCAAUGGUGGUGCCAGUCGUCGUCAAAGACGUUCCACGUAAGUUUAUUUGAAUGAGACUUGGGUUUCUCAUAAAAAUGGGAACUGUGUUCAGAUGGAAUCCACGGAAAAAAGAGCCCAGUCGACUUGGAACAACUCACCGGCCAGGAGCUCACCGACUACCUCAACGCUCAUCAGAACUACUUCAAAGCUGAACUCCCGAAAAAGCCGGUCGAAGAGCUCAAGAAGAAGCUGAUGAAGCUGGAGUUCGUGAAAGCUCAUCGUCCCGAAGACACCAAGGACAUCGUCAUUGCUGAUAACAUUCCUGAUGCGUUUGACACUCGCAAGGCUUGGCCAGACUGCAUGAGUGUCACCAACAUCCGUGAUCAGACUCAAUGCGGUACAUUUUUAAAAAAGAGUCCGAAAAAAAGCAUUUUCUUUAGGAUCUUGCUGGGCUUUUGCGGCGGCUGAAGCCAUUUCGGAUCGUACUUGCAUUGCCUCGAAGGGUAAGAUCAACACUCUCCUGUCGGCGGAAGACGUCCUCAGUUGCUGCGGAGAGAAGCAAUGCGGAGGGUGAGCUUGAGACUUCAACUAUCUCAAUAGUUUGGAUUAUUCUCAGAUGCGAGGGAGGAUGGCCAAUCGAAGCGUUCAACUGGUGGAACACUAAUGGAUUCUGCACUGGUGGAUCUUACAUCUCUCAGGUUUGACUCUAGAGAAAGACUUAUAGAUCAAAAUCCUGUUUCAGUUUGGAUGCAAGCCCUACUCGCUGCCCCCUUGCGGAGAAACCAUCAACAACGUGACCUAUCCUCGUUGCCCCGAUUACGGAUUCGACACUCCUACUUGCUCAGAAAAAUGCACAACUACCAGCAACUACGAUAUUCCCUACGCUAAGGACAAGCAUUUCGGUAAGACAAAUCACUGUUUCGAAAAAACUAGAAAAACUCCAGGAAAAUCCGCGUAUCAACUUCCAAACAAGGUGGCUGCCAUUCAGACGGAUAUCAUGCAGAAUGGACCCGUUGAAGCUGCCUUCACGGUUUAUGAAGACUUCUAUCAGUACAAAUCUGGAAUCUACGUGGUAAUAUUGAGGAUAUACGACUAAAAUUAUUUUGAAAGUUUCAGCACACUGCCGGAAAGUCGAUUGGUGGCCAUGCUGUCAAGAUUUUGGGCUGGGGAGUUGAGGAUGGAACUCCCUACUGGACAAUCGCCAACUCCUGGAGCUCUGACUGGGGAGAGCAUGGUGAGAUUCUGUCGCAAAACUUGGUAGUAUUUAGAAAAAGUAUUUUCAACUAGUUUUGAGAACAAGAAAAGUACUUAAAGAUUCCUUGAAAUGGUUUUAUUAGGCAGAAUGAAUACUUCCUUAUAACUAAUGAAUUCUUCUCAGGCUACUUCCGCAUCGUCCGUGGUCUUGACGAGUGCGGAAUGGAAGGAUCCAUUGUCGCCGGAAUUCCCAAGUAA